CGAAGGCAAUCGUCAUCGAAAUAUUUCUUGCUUUUUGCCAAGAAGUGUAGCAAUCAUUACGUCCCAUUUAUUUGACAGAACAAUUAAGGAACAGUGAAAAAGUGGAUGAGUGUGUUCAUGGGUUUGAGAAGUUUGGCUUUCCGCAAUGUCUUGGUGCCAUAGUCGGUUGCCACAUUAAAGUUCGGCCACCUGGGAAGGAUUGCAUGGACUAUUACAAUUAUAAGGGAUGGUACUCCACAGUUUUAUUUGCCCUUGUAGAUUAUAGAUAUCGCUUCCUCAACAUUAAUGUUGGCUGCCCAGGUCGAUACAAUGACUCAAAAAUUUUUCAAUGUAGCAAACUAAAUACUGCAUUGAAGGUCCCAGUCUUCACUGCAAAAAGCAAAAGUAUUAAUGGCGUGAAUGUUCCUGUGGGCGUUAUGGGUGAUUCGGCUUUCCGAUUUGCCAACAAUCUAAUGAAACCCUAUCCAUUCCAAGUACAUCCUCCAGAGGAUGAAAAAAUUUUUAAUUACCGAUUGUCCAAAUGCCGAAGAGUGGUGGAAAAUGCGUUUGGACACCUAAAGGCUCGUUUUAGGAGAAUAAGGAAAGGACAACCACAUCAAAAAUGUUCCUUUUAUGUUCAUAAUGAUGUCAUCAACAACAAAUGGAUAGAAAAACAAACCACUUACGAAAGUAGUGUACGCCUGGAACAGCCCGAGCACACAGAUGCUGUAGCAGAUUUUGAAGCAGAACCUGAAAGCAGAACCUAAAGAGCGAUUGCGAAUUCAUUUCACUCCGGAGUCGUCGAAAGUCCUGCAAGCUCAUCGCUUGAAAUGAAUUUGGAUUGGCUGCUCGUCGAAGGGUAGAUAGCAGCGCAACCAAUGUUGUCUUCUGGUUCCACAUCUUGAAUUAAAAUAAAAUAAUAAAUAAAA